UUGUUUAUAUCGGUGUUGGUCAACACCAAUAGUGAUUUAAUCAAACUAAUUAUUCAAAGCAUCAAAAAUGAUCUGCAAUCUCGCAACCCUAUCCAUUUGAACCUAGCUAUGCAGUGCAUUGCUAACAUUGGUAGCAAAGAAAUGGCAGAAGCCUUUGGUUAUGAUAUCCCCAAGCUGCUUGUAUCUGGGGACACUAUGGAUGUUGUGAAGCAGUCAGCUGCACUUUGCCUGUUGCGACUAUUUCGCACUUCUCAAGAAAUGAUACCUAGUGGAGAAUGGACAUCGCGCAUCAUCCAUCUACUGAAUGAUCAGCAUAUGGGUGUGGUGACUGCUGCCACUUCUCUUAUUGAUGCCCUUGUGAAGAAGAAUCCAGAAGAGUACAAAGGCUGCAUUAGUCUUGCUGUUUCUAGACUUAGUCGAAUUGUAACUGCCAGUUAUACAGAUCUUCAAGAUUACACUUAUUACUUUGUUCCUGCUCCAUGGCUUUCUGUCAAGCUGUUGAGACUGUUGCAAAAUUACUCACCACCAGAUGAUCCUGGUGUUCGUGGCAGACUGAAUGAAUGCCUUGAAACUAUCCUAAAUAAGGCUCAAGAAGCACCAAAAUCAAAGAAAGUUCAGCAUUCCAAUGCCAAAAAUGCUGUUCUCUUUGAGGCUAUAAGUUUGAUCAUUCAUAAUGACAGUGAGCCAAAUCUUCUUGUGCGGGCGUGCAACCAACUUGGGCAGUUCCUGUCCAAUCGUGAAACAAAUUUGAGAUAUCUUGCUUUGGAAUCAAUGUGUUUACUUGCCACUUCCGAAUUCUCCCAUGAGGCUGUGAAGAAACAUCAAGAAGUUGUCAUCCUUUCAAUGAAGAUGGAGAAAGAUGUUUCUGUUCGUCAGCAAGCCGUUGAUCUCCUUUAUGCCAUGUGUGAUAAGACCAAUGCUGAAGAAAUUGUUCAAGAAAUGCUGAACUACCUGGAAACUGCGGACUAUUCUAUAAGAGAGGAAAUGGUCUUAAAAGUGGCUAUCCUUGCUGAAAAGUAUGCCACUGAUUACACUUGGUAUGUAGAUGUUAUUCUUAAUUUGAUCAGAAUAGCUGGAGACUAUGUUUCAGAAGAAGUGUGGUAUCGAGUCAUUCAGAUUGUCAUCAAUCGGGAUGAUGUUCAGGGAUAUGCUGCAAAAACAGUUUUUGAGGCUCUUCAAGCUCCUGCAUGCCAUGAAAACAUGGUUAAAGUAGGUGGUUACAUCUUGGGUGAAUUUGGUAACCUAAUUGCUGGUGAUCAACGUUCCUCACCCCUUGUCCAGUUUCAAUUGUUACAUUCCAAGUAUCAUCUUUGCUCUCCAAUGACACGAGCUCUUUUACUCUCAACUUAUGUAAAAUUUGUUAAUCUGUUUCCUGAAAUUAAACACAACAUUCAAGAGGUAUUUAAACAGCACAGCAACCUUCGUAGUGCUGAUGCCGAACUCCAACAGAGAGCCUCAGAAUAUCUUCAACUCAGUGUCAUUGCUUCCACUGACGUCCUUGCAACAGUUUUGGAAGAAAUGCCUGCAUUCCCAGAGCGGGAGUCAUCAAUUCUUGCUGUGUUAAAAAAGAAAAAGCCUGGUCGUGUGCCAGAAAAUGAAAUUCGGGAGGGCCGUAGUCCAAAUCCAGCCCCUACUGGGAACCACACUGAAGCUGUUUCUCACUCAAAACCUUCAGCAGUUUCUGCCAAUGCAUCUGCCGAUCUUCUUGGGCUCUCCACCCCCCCUUCAAGUCAGCCAACUGCCCCAAGUAACACUGGUAUGCUUGUGGAUGUCUUGGGAGACAUGUAUGGAGGCCAACAGCAAACUCAGCAGAAUAAUAGCUUUGCUGCUGCACAGUCUUACAAUCCCAAGAAGUUUGUUUGUAAAAAUAAUGGAGUCCUAUUUGAAAAUGAUCUUGUUCAAAUUGGAGUGAAAUCUGAGUUCAGGCAAAAUUUGGGCAGAAUUGCUCUCUUCCAUGGAAACAAGACUCCUUUCCCUCUUCAGAACUAUGAAACAACCAUAUCAAGUCCAGGAGACCAAGCUAGUAAAUUGGUUAUUCAAGUUAAACCUAUGGAUCCUAUUCUUGAGGCAGGAGCUCAGAAAUUGCAGGUGUUAAAUGGUGAAUGUGUUGAAGAUUAUGUAGGUAAGUGGUUGAAAUUCAAAUGA